AUGCAUAUCGGUGGAUGUUUGGAUUGUCUGGUCAACAAGAAGCCUGGAGGAAAACAACCAGGAGAGUUACACCCUAUUCCCCCUGGAAAAAGACCAUUUGCAGUUGUUCACUUGGAUCAUUUGGGACCUUUUGAAACCAGUUUGAAGGGCAAUAGAUUUUUAUUAGUGUUAAUAGAUAACCUUACCAAAUAUGUAUUGUUGUUUCCAGCAAAAUCCACUCACACUCAAUCAGCUAUUAGAAGUUUACAGAAGUUUGUUGAUCAAUGGGGAUUGCCGGAUCGUUUGAUAACAGAUAGAGGGACAUGCUUUACUUCCAAGGCGUUCCAGGAUUACUGUCAACAUAAUGGGAUCAGGCACACUCUCAACUCGUCUCGACAUCCGCAAGCAAAUGGACAAGUGGAGAGGACCAAUAGAACCUUAUUGCCAAUGCUUGCAAUUCAAGCACAAGAUCAAAAAUUAUGGGAUCAGAAGCUGAAAGAAGUUGAACGUGACAUAAACAACACGGAAAGUAAGACUACCAGAUACACACCAUUUGAGUUAAUCCACGGAUACCGGCCUCAGUUUCAUUCAAGCGUGCUGAGAUUACUAGAUGGUGUUGGUACACAUCAGCCUUUGAAUUCAGUAGAGUUACAGGCCAAGGCAAGAGAUAACAUUUUGAAAACUCAGGUAUCAAUGAAAGAAAGAUAUGAUCAGAAAAGGAACAAAUCGAUAAGCUAUGAAGUUGGAGAAAUGGUGGCAAUGCUGCGUGCACCUACCCCAGGUCAAUCUACCAAGCUUCAGACCAAGUAUCGGGGCCCAUUGCAAGUUAUAGGGAAACUACCUGGAAACACAUAUCGAGUCGCUGAGAUGGCAAGGGAUGGUAAACACAUUUAUGCUACAACGGCUCAUGUGUCUCAGUUGAAGGCAGUUUCAAUAAUGCAAGAGGAGCAGCUUGAGGAAAAAGGAAGUGGGUCAUCAGCAGAUGAAGAUGAAGAGACUAACAAAUCAAAUGCUGAUCUACCAAGGGUGGAAGAAACUGUUAAGCUUAAACGUCAAAGAAAACCACCAAAGUAUUUAGAAGAUUAUGUUUAA